CCGGGUCGACUGUCAUGUCUGCGGCCUGGAAGGAGAAGUAAUCGAUGCUUCACGAAUAUUUUUUUCAUUAAGUGAUAAACAAAGAGCAGCAAUGCCGUUUAAAGAUGUUACUCAGUGGAACAAAAGAGCGGCUGCACUUUAUGCUUUCGGUGCUUGGACCUUGUUAGGCUCAUUAAUCUUCAACAACUACACAGGAAAGUUUAAUGCUCCUACAGGGCCAGACGACAAAGAAGAGGUUCAAGAGCCAGAAGAUGUAAAUAAAGUCACCCACACGACAGCUCACACCCACACUGUCGCCGUCUAUAAGAAAGACUUUGUCCCGUACAACAUGUGGCUCUGCCGCCUCUUCUCAUCUCACAGAGCUGAACCUGGGACUGGAGGCGAUGACGGCGAUGACAAAUAGCUGCAUCAAAUAGCCGAUGGUAGACGCUGGACUCAGGAUAACAACUUUAUGAUGAAAUAUGAAUAAAUGAAAUUGUGUGAAGACAUUUUGAUGAGUGGUAAAGGAAACUACAGGCAGGCAUCUCUUGUCUAGUGUUCUCUAUUUAUGCUUAUGGCCUAUUAGAAAUGUUUAAAAUGAUCAAAGGGUUUAAAGUAAUUAUCUUGUCAGCUUUCUAUCAUGUAGUCUUAUCAAAGGCCAACACUUUUUGACAAUAAUAUGCAUGUGCAUCACAAUUCCCCUGAUUUCAGUUAUAAAAUAAACUUUGAUGGAGCUAUUUGUGAAACAUAAAUAAAGUACAGUAAGAACCAAUCAA